CGCACACGGACUAUAUUUGGGGCUGAGCGCAGUGAGAAACAUUAGUUGACGGAGCUGCUGGAUGUUUCUGACAAACAGCGGUAACAUCUGACUCAGGUAUUGAUCGGGCCGGAGAGCCCUGAAGACCCAACAGAUGCAGACAUGAUCCCAUUUUCUCCCUGAGGAACUGACCAAUCAGCAGUCAGGAUGAUGCCCAAGCAGCUGGCCCAGACGUCUCCAGGGAGUGUGUUGUCUCUGAGAGGGCCCAGCGUCCCAGGAUCCCCUGCGGCCGCCAUCGUGGCCAGAGUGGAGGACGGGGUUAUUUGCUACAAGGACUUGGCGGCGUUACCUAGAGACAAAGCCAUCCUGGAUAUCGAGAGGCCAGACCUGAUGAUCUACCAGCCGCACUACAGCUACAGUCCACUGGAGAGGUCUUUGUCUCCUCGCUCCAUCUCUCCUCCUACCUCCCCGGAGAAGGAGUCCAGGGACUGGCUGGAGAACCGGUCUCCUGGAGGUUCCUCCCCUGGUUCCACCAUCCAGACCAGCAGAACACACAGCACACACACGCCGCCCACACCGAACACACCAAACACGCCGCACACACACUCCUCUGGAACCAAGAUCGCCAUGCAGCACUUCCACAGGCCCGAAAAUGGCACCAACAUCUACAAGAAGCCUCCCAUCUACAAACAAGAUGUGUCGUCCUCUCAGGUCCCUCAGGGGAAACACAUCGAGGAUCUGAUCAUCGAGUCCUCAAAGUUUCCUGCAGCUCAGCCUCCAGACCCCAACCUGCCCUCCAAGAUAGAGACCGAGUACUGGCCCUGCCCCCCCUCCUUGGCCGUGAUUGAGAAGGAGUGGAGGAAGAAGGAGCAGAGAGAUGAAGACGAGGAGGAGGAUGGCGAGCUGGAUGAUGAGCUGUGGGGACUCAGAGCGCUUCAGAAACAGGAACUGAACAAGAUUCAGUCUAAUCUGGGGAAAAUCAUCCUGAAGGAGGAGCUGGAGAAAUCUUCAGCUCCUCUGAGGAGGAAAACUCGUUCGCUACCGGACCGCAGCCAUCACACAGGGUCCAACACCUCCAAGUCUGUGUAUUUCCCAGCAUCCUCUAAGACCGGUCUGUCCAGGGUGAGUACUUCUGAACAGAAACGUCCAAUCACAGCAGAGUUCCAUGAUGACGGCGAUGAACGUGUUUCUGUGUGUUUUCAGCUGCAGUCGGCAGAGUUCAGCUCGUCUGACAAAACUCCUGCAGAGCUUCAGAACGGAGACUCCAGGAUGGACCGAGGAAACUCCCUCCCCAGCAUGCUGGAACAUAAAAUCUACUCCUAUGAGAUGCUGGUGGUGACACACAGAGGGCGGAGCAAGCUGCCCCCAGGCGUGGACAGAACCAGGCUGGAGAGACACCUCUCUCAGGAGGAGUUCUUCAGUGUUUUCGGGAUGUCCAUCGAGGAGUUCGACCACCUCUCCGUCUGGAAGAGAAACGAACUGAAGAAGAAAGUCUGUCUCUUCUGACGUCGCUGGGGCCGCAGCUCCCACAAUCCCCUACUCUUCCUGGAUCACUGCAGGAUCCCGAAACCGCACGGAAAAAAGAUCAUUAUCAGCACCGCCGCCGCCGCCAUCAUCACAACAGCUCACUGUUAGUCAGAUGCUCAGUGAGACGCCUCAGGCUUCGGGUUUGAUGUGAUUCACAUUGAAGGUUUGAACGCAGUGACUUUUAGAUUUCUGCAGGACUACUGUUUGAUAAGCUUCAGUUUUUAGAUGUCUGUGGAAAUGUUUAAAUAACAAAACUGCUGAGCGAGCGCAAAGAAUCAACCUGCAUGUCAAGAUGUGGAAGCACAGAGGCAGGUUUGGAUAGAUCACAAGAAGAAGAAUCUUCUUUAAUGGUGUCUUUUAUCCCAGUUUUGGAAGUUUUUGCCGCUAGUAUGAAAACUGAGAGCAGAGCAACUACAGUGGGUUUAAACUGGAAGUGAAGAGGCCCGGUCACACCAGCAUUUUUAAUAGUUCACACUAAAUUAAUUUAAGAGAAUUCACAGUAAAUCCACGUGGAUCUUUUUGCUUAGAGUUCAGGUUUUGGUGACCUUUUACAAGCUGAAGUCUCAACAGUCCGGAGCUCAACACACUGCAACGUAAGAACAAAUUUAGCAUUUAGAAAAAAAGGCAAAAAAAGAACACAUUUACAGCAAAUGAUGAAAUUGGUUUCUUCAUUUGCUUGUGUUUCCUUAAGUUGCAGUUGUGUUUUGAGUUUUUUCAGCCACCGCAGAACCGGAGGGUCCAAAAACAUGUGCGGUAAUCCACGGCGAGAGACAACUAAUGUUUUGACCCUGUUUGAAUUGUUCCCUGAGCUACACACACAUGAUGUUUGUCAGUUUAAAAAUAAUUUAAGUCAAGGUCACAGUUUCUUGUAAAACUCUAAAGUAACGUUUAGUUUUGUAUGAAACCAUUCAAUAAACGACAUCUCUCGUCACGCAUAAUAUACGUCACCAACAUGUUAGCGCUAUAAUGCUAAGCUAACGUUGAUUGCUUGGUUGCUAAUAGCUAGGUAAGUUAGCUAUGUUCCAUGCACAGACGUAUCUCACCUGAUGUGUUUAAUCCAACAACUCUUGGUAUUUUAUCACAUCAUCUACACAUGGAAGCUCUUUGACGUUAGCUUCAGUAAUGUUAGCUUCAGUAAUGUUAGCUUCAGUAACAUUAGCUUCAUUACCGUCAGCGUUGGUGACUUUAGCUUCAGUAACGUUAUAUUAAAUUAUCUGUUAAACUGACAAACAUCGUGUGUGUAAUUCAAACGGGAUCUAAACAUUAGUUGUCUCUCUCCAUUGACUAACGUACAUAUUGUUUCCAAAAUAAGGUCCCAUGGUGGUCCACGGGAAGCUGAGGCUCUCCAUAAUUCUCCUCUGCUGGAGUAUAAAGAUGCAUUAUGAUUUGUAUUCCGAUGUCACAUCAUUUUCUCUAGUUAGCUUCUGAGCUGGCUAGCUGACUUGCUACUAGCUAGCAAACUGAUAGCUAGCCAACUAGCUUUGCGAGCUGUUUUGGCUGGCAUAAUGUUAGCCAGGAGUGGAUGAUUCAUCCUUCAUCGUGUAAUUUUAAAAUCACAAUAUCAAUAUAACUAUAUAGGCCUUUAUCAUGAUAUUGUAGGUUUUCAGACAAAUCAAGGAAUUAUCACUGGAUAAAAUAAUCUGACAGAAAUGUCUUUUGUGUUUUUGGCAACGGCUUAUAAAGUUAUGUAAAAAUCAAGUAUUGCCACAAAUCAGGUUUUUAUUAGUUUACAACCUAAGAUGGCCUAACAUACCCAGAGAUAUUAAAGGGUAGAGAUACCUUGUUUUUGACGCUAUAUGGCAAUUAUACCCUCAAAUCGCCUAAUCUUCUGGUGUGACUCGGCACAAUGUCGGGACACUUCCUGGUCGGCUCUGUCAGCUUUGUCGUUUGUCUAAGAACUUUUUAAACUGUGAAAUAAGAGCAGCCAGAGAAAGACGUGUCCUGUUGACGGCUGCAGGUAAAGAGUCCUCUGGGUUUGUUACUCUCGCAGCAGUAAAAUGAAAGUUAAUCUUCAUAAUGUUAAAGCUCAGUUGUUUGGUUGCAGUGGUGGAAUUCUCUUCUACUGUUGACCUCACUGAAGGUUUUAUGUUAAUCCCAGUCACAUAGCAUUAAAUGUUUUCUAUAUAUACGAGAUUAUACAUUAAAGGUCACACCUUCUGUAGGUUAGACUGAUGAAGCCUUCCGAAGCUACAGACAGAUUUAUUUCCAUCAGACGUCAGAUUAAAUCAAGAUUAAAUAUUUUUAUUAUGGAUCUUCCAGCUGCAGUCGGGCUUUAAAACAACAUUCCUGCUGACAAUGAGUCAAGCUUCAGUACAGAUGCUGACUGCAGGAAUAUACCUGUUAGCGAUCUUUCAAAAGGAUUGUUCCUGUUGGCUUAGCCAGCUACGAUGUCAAAAUGACAGCAUUUCUUUCCCAGCACCUGAAAGUAAAACAAGGAGACAGUUUGAUCACAGUGUGAUGUUUAACAUCCCGCAGCAAGAAGCUAAUACACCGGCUUCGUCACUGAAGAUUAUCAUUUAAUAUUUUAUAAAAGUGUUAUAAACAAGCUGCUACUCAGUUCAUUUAUUUCUUGUAUUAUUGUCGUCCUCAAAGUCCCAACCUGUAACGGAAACCUAGUUACGUUUUUCUACUGCUUUAUUUAACUUUGCAACUUCAGGAUGUAAAUUCAAAUAGUUUUUUAAAUUCUGUUUCUUUGAAAUGAAAACCUUUUUUUUUCUUUGCCUGCGUGUGACAUCUAAACAUUUAAUUUACUAUUCAUUAAGAAAUAUCUGAUCAACUGAUUGUGAUAAAAUGUCAGCAUUGAUUCUUUUUAGUGAUGCAACCUAAGCUAAUUUAUGCAACUAACCCACUUAUUCUAACCCAAACCUGAUCUUUUCCUAAACUUAACCAAAUUUUUUAAAUGUCUAACCGGAUGUUGCAUAUUUAUUACUGUUAACUUGAACGUUGAGCCCUAUAGCAGCCCAUUCCCAUGGUGUCAAAUAUCAAUGCCUUGUCACGUCUUUCAGUUUCUGGUACCAACGAACAUGGCAGCGUCAUUGAUGCUAAAAGUAGGCCUAGUAUAAGUAACAUAAAAGUCAGAGUAAAGAGAUGGUUGAGGUGGAUUGGUGGGUCAGAAACCAGACGUUAAUCCCGGAGACCGGUGUUUGUUUUCUGUGUGAAACAAAAAGUCAAGUAGUAUUGUUGCUUGAACUUAACCAAAUUGUUUCACAACUUCACUGGAGAGCCAUACGCGUACAAAAACGACUCUAAAGGGUACCCAGGGCGUACGAAAGCAAUACAAUCACCUUCAGUUGCUUCCACAUCAGACGUCAAGGUCAAAAACUCAACCCCCGCUGGCUGUGAUGAAACUGUCUCCUCCUUGGUUUUUCUUUGUAACACAGCAAAAGCCACUGCCCUAUUUUAUCUAAGUACACCAUGCACACAGAUACACAAAAACUAUUUUGCAGUGAACAAUAACAAUGAAAACCUUAAAAGCAGCUCUGGUUUGUCCAAUAAGCAGGUUGUAGACAUUUUAGCGUCGGCUAGAGUUGCUUCGUGACCAAAUGAUGUGCAGCUAUUUUUUAAACCUACAUAGAAGAAGUGGCAUGUUUGUUAUUUCAAACGAAAAUGUAAACUCAUUUAAAACAAAAAGGUGAAUUAUAUCAAUACAUGAAUGUUGAGAAAAGAGAAUGACACAUUUUCACCAUCAAAGACGACGACGAAGACGACGGAGGACGAAAAAGAGACUUUUUGUGGGGGAGGAUGGAAAAUAGCUGGAGAUCUUUACACUGACAUUUCACCUCCACACCUCGAAGUGAACUGAACUGAUGAACAUCAUCAUUAACACACAGACGGUACAUCUGUAACACCGUGAGCGCACAUAGUUAUGUAUCUAGAAACUAUUAAUAUCCAUCAGCAUCAUAUCUGAUCUCCACAAACAUAUGGAUAACUUUAAUCUAUGAAGUUUCACCUUCUUUAACACCUUUAACUAAUAAAAAGGAAACACAGAAGUUGAUUUAAAACUGAACCUUGAUCUGAAUGGACAGUUUAAAGGUGCAAUAUGUACGAUUAUAUAUUAUAAUAAAUCUAAUUAAUACAGCUAGCUUGGUAUAAUGACCGUAAACAAUUGAGACGAUUGUCGACCUCUAUCACAUUCACAGACUACAUUUCCUUUCAGAUUCUUUGCACUUGUCAAUCAGCUUGUAGCCCCGCCCUAAGGCCUCCCCUGCUUUCUGGUCUCUGUUCCUCUAAAUGGGACCAUAAUUUACUAAAUGAACAUCACGCUGUGUUGAAGAAGACUUGAAACUAGCG